AUGCCAGAGCAGCCAAUAUCUAGCAGACUGAGUCUCGCGCAGGCCGUAGUCAGUGCCAACAGCCGCUCGAAAGCUGUCAGCUUAGGCAUUGAAACCGGUGCCUCCGCAGAGCAAGAAGGUUGGGGGCAAGGCCAGCCCGUGGUCAAAGUACUGGGUAGGGAUAUCAGAGUCCUAAAGCGAUGGGGUUACAAUCCUCGAGAGGGCGAUUCCGCAGAAGCAGGCGGCUCGCACGGAGAUGCUACAGCCUCUCAGUCCCUGGAUGAUACUCUAGGCCAAGAAGUGGCAGAGGGUUCGGAAAGCAUGCCUCCGUUAUGGGGCAUUGACCUCGAGGCAUUGAAAAGCACCCAUGGAAAACGGUCCUCUGGCCCUUCAAAAUCCGGUAACAGCCUUCCUAUAUACACACCGGAAUCUGCACGGUCGUAUCUAUUGAAAGCGUUUGCGCAAGUCUUACCAGAAGAUCGCAAUUCCCCGAAACGAUCGGCACGAAAGACUGCGGCUCAGCUAGAAACUGAGAGGGAGGUUACUUUAGGCCACCUUCUAAGUUCCAUCGAUAUGGCGUGCCUGGGCUUGGUCGGAAGCAUGUGGAAUAUGAGAUCUUGA